AUAUUUUUUUGUAUCAGUGUGAGAAAAAACUGACUUUUACAAUCUGCUGUUCCAUUUUUAAUCUGUUUUAAAGCGACUUCGUAGAAGUUCAGUUUACUUAUCCUCAUUAAUCUGAGGUAAAAGCUACAACGGAAUUUUUCAGAUACAGCAUUUGAAAAUGGCAUUACGAACGACUUUUGGCAUUAUCAUAUUUUUACUAUCAGCGGUAUGUUUGUGUGUUGAAUGUAAGACCAAAAUAACGAAGAAUGCAAAAGCCAUAGAAAGACCAAUACUUGUUGGAGCAUUUAACAUACAGAAUUUGGGAAAUAGUAAGCUGAGCAACAAUACAGUCAUGAAUAUUAUGAAAAAGAUUUUAUUACGCUACGACUUAGUUUUGGUUCAAGAAAUUGUGACUUUGGACGAAGAUAUGGUGGUUUCUCUUCUAAAAAGUCUAAACCGAUUAUCUCCCAAAGGAGUGAAAUAUAUGAUGCAAAUUAGUGAAAGAUUAGGGCGAGGAAAUGCAAAGGAACAGUACGCUUACAUUUACAGGAACGAUAAGCUCAUCUAUCUAGAAGGUCACACUUAUCCUGAUCCUCGUGAUGAAUUCAUGCGCCCACCUUAUAUUGUUCAUUUCUCCACUCCUACAUUAAGAGACUUGGAGUCCAUGGUAGUGAUCGGCAUCCACACGCAACCCAAAAAUGCAACGAAUGAAACGAGUGCUUUGGCUAAAGUGUACGAUUAUGCUGUUAAAACUUUUCAAGUGCAGGAUGCUAUCAUAAUGGGUGACAUGAACGCUGGAUGCCAAAAUGUGCGAAUUUCAGACUGGAACAUUAUUGACUUGUGGAGAAGGAAAGAAUUUACUUGGUUAAUUAGUCACGACUUUGACACAACUUUAUCUGUGAAUUGCUGUCCCUAUGAUAG